UAUAAUGUUAUGUGUAGAACGACAAAAUACUAUUCAUUAUUUUCCACAUUAUUCUUCUAUUAUUUGUUCUCUUCCUUUCUAUUAUAUAAUAAGUUUUAAGUGAGAGGUCGAUUUAAUUGUUCAUAUAAUAUGGCAACAGUAGUCGUUUGGAAGGGUCCAAUUUAGUAGUGGUUCCAAUUUGAUCGACUGAAACGGCACGAUUUCUGGUGUAUGAAGUUAUUCAUCCCACCGAACACGUCUUUCUCCACACUGACCCAUGUAAUCUCACUUCGUGAGGAAUUUUCUGUCUAUAUAUCGUUUCUCCACUACUCCAUGAUUCUGAUCAUUUUCAAAUUUCUAAUAAGCUAUGGAGGGACAACUAGGAAAAUGUGGGGAAAUAAGAAGGCUCCACAUCAUCUACUUUCUCACUCAUCUUGGUCGCUCAGAACAUCCUCAUCUCAUUCGAGUUCACCAUCUCACACGUACCGGCGUUUAUCUUCGAGAUGUUAAGAGAUGGCUUGGGGACUUACGAGGAAAGGACAUGGCAGAAGCUUAUGCUUGGUCUUAUAAAAGGAGGUACAAAAGUGGUUAUGUUUGGCAAGACUUGGUAGAUGAAGAUCUCAUUACCCCUCUUUCCGACAAUGAAUACGUCCUAAAAGGAUCCGAAAUUAUCUCCACCCCCGUUGAUGGUGAGAAAACAGAUAUUAUCAACGCCAGUUCAUAUCAUUAUUGUACCGAAAAUAAAGCUGUAAAGACUACAAUUAUGAGGGUUGAAGAUGAUGUGAAAGCAGCUCAUAAACAAAUUAGCUCUUGUAAAAAUUCAUGCUCUCCAAAAAUUUCUCCACAACCAACAGCAACAACAACAAAAACUUUCUCCGAAAUUAACGAGGAUUCAUCACUGUCUAGUUUUUGUUCAGAAAAAUCUUCUUUGACUGAUGAAUUAGAUUCAGUGAAGCAGGAGAACGACAACUACCAGUUGAGUAUUUGUAAUAUAAAACAAGAUCACAAUCAAGAACAGCACUCCACCACCACCAAGAAACUUGAAAUUUCUACUCCUUUAUUUAACAACAACAAGGUCAAGAGAUCGAAGAACAACAACGAACUGGAUGAUAGUAUGAGGGCCGCCGGCUCUUCAUCUUUCUCAUCACCAUCAUCAUCUUCUAAAUCAGUACCUUUAUCUGCAAAGAGAAAGAGCUUUUCUGGUGGAGCUUCAAACGUACUUAAGAGCUUCAUUACUUGCCGCGCUGUGGAUACAAACGACACCGUUUUAGUUACAGUAAAACACCACGGUGGAUGCAGUGGCGGCUUCCAAAAGAGUACUGGAUCCGUUAAAGGUAAUACAAAACCAAAUAACAAUAAUAACAAUGAGAAGGACGAUCAGUACGUUUUCACGGGUGGGCGAAGGUCUUUCCAUACUUGUUGGAAGUACCAGGAGUUUGAAGUACAACAGCCUCAAAAUUACAAUGCUAGAAGAAGCUGUGAUGAGAGGAGUAGUACUACUGCAAGCUCAUCAAAGAAGGAUCAGCAGCAGAGCGAAUUCUCUAAACAAAGAACAAUUCCAUCAGCUUACAGGGCAGCCAGAGAGCCCAAUUGCUCGCAAUGUGGGAAAGCAUUCAAACCAGAGAAACUGCACUCGCAUAUGAAGUCUUGCAGAGGCAUGAAAACUUUGGGUAAUAAGAGCAAUGCUAAUACUUCUGUUAACAAGAGUACAGUACUUUAUUCACACCAGGGAUCUUCUGCCACUUCAUCCUACAAAGAAUCAGCUCUUGCCCAUUUCUUAACUAGUUCAUCAUGAACUCACUGUAUAAACAUAUUAUUACAUAUGCCUAUUUAAAAAAACACCCGUUCUUAUCUAAUCACAUAUACAUAAUAGGACUCAUACAUGUAGUUACCACACCGCUUAAUUAUCUUUGCUUUUUUUACCCUUUUUAGAAUUAUUUUCUUGUUCUUGUGAUUCUUGUUCUUAUCUUUCUUUCCAAAAUUGUUGCAAGUGAAUUAGUGAUAUAGCUAUGUUGUGUAAAAACAAAGAAAUAAUAUUCAUGAAUUGUCCUUAAUAAGAUAAACGAAUAUUUAAAACCA